AUGGACACUGUUGGAGGAGGUGGAAAACCCUGACUAAAACCCAAAGCACUUAUUUGUUAUAUUUGUGGAAGAGAGUUUGGGACAGCUUCUUUGCCAAUUCAUCAAAAAAAUUGUGCAAGACUGUGAGAAGAGCGAGAAAAAUUAAAACCUAAAAGGGAACGAAGGCCAGUUCCAGAAGCCCCUAAGGAGAUUGAGAUUGCAUCUGUAGGCUCUAAUAGUAUAGACCAGUUUAAUGAAGUCGCAUUUAAUGCUUAUACAAGUAAAUCAAUGGUACAAUGCCCUAAUUGCGCAAGAAAAUUCCUCGAAGAUCGCUUAGUUGUCCAUUUGCGAAGCUGCACAUCAGAAAAUCCAUGCAAGCCAGUUAGACCUAUAACUCCAGUUAAAGAAGAGCCUAUAAAAACUCAAGCAAAUCCAAUUCCUAUCACAUCUCAAUCAAUGAAUUUUAAGCCUUCAAGAGUUGUAUCGUCAAAUUCAGCAUCAUCCCAAGGAAUACCUACAAAGCAAUCUAUUCUUGAUAUUCUUUAUAAAAUAGCUAAUUAUAAAUAAUUAAUUUUUAUUAUUCUAUUUUAAUAGAAAACGAGUCUUAUAACUAAUAAAAAUAUGAUAAAAUCUUUGGAAAUAGAAUAAAUAUAUGUCAGAAUCUAAACUAAAAACCCAAGAAAUCAAUGAAUUUCCUUCUGAAAUAAAAAGUUUAGAAAUUCCAAGAUCAGCGAAUAAAGGAGCUGAAAUUGAAGACUCAGAAAUAAAAACUAUUGAAGAAACUUUAAGGCAAUCUACUAUAAGAAGUAAAGAAAUUUCACAGAUUUUAAGACCGAAAUCAAUUCAAGGAAGUCUGGAAGAAACUAAGGUGGGUGUUAAAGCUCCAAAUCAAACUUCUUAUGAAUUUCAGCCUGAAGAAGACAGCAGAGUGCCUUGCUCUAAAUGUGGCAGAAAAUUUAAUCCUGAUAGAGUUGCAAAGCAUGAAGAAAUCUGUAAAGGAGAAGCCGAAACAGAAUAUAAAAAACCAAAAGAAGAAGCAAAAGUUUACUCAAAAUCCCCAGAGCCAGCAAGAUCAACGACUCCUAAACCCAAAAAAGCUGAAGAAACUGUAGAAUGCCCCUAUUGCACCAGGAAUUUCGAUCCGAAAGUAGCUGAGAGGCAUAUACCUAAAUGUAAGGAUAUUGUAAAUCGUCCAAGUCCGCCAGCACAAAAAGCUAAAAGUGCCAGCCAAAGUGUCAUCAUAAAUAAGCCAGCGCUAUUAGGAAACUCUAAUUCGCCAGCUAAAAGUCCAGAGUUUCGACAAACAGAAAAGCCAUUUAGAGACAGUACAGAGAAAGUCUUUUGUCAUAACUGUGGAGAAAGAUAUUAUCCAAACGCUAAAUUCUGCUCCUUUUGUGGAGAAAAGAAAUAA